ACAACGGAGUUUUGUCUCAAAAAAAUGUUGACUUUGUAAUUUUUAAUUUCAAAAUUUGUUUGUUUUAAUCCAAAAAUCAGAAAUCAGAAAUAAAUAUGUUUAAAUCAAUUCGGCUAUUGUCAUUCGAUAUAACAAAAACAUUAAUCACAACCAGUAAUGAAAUUGGUGCUGAAUUCAUGAAAAUUGCAUCGAAAUAUGGUUUAUCACCAAAAAGUGAUGAUACCGUUGCACGAUUGAAUGAAUCUUUUGCCAGUAAUUUUAAACGUCUUAAUCAAGAACUACCAAACUUUGGUCUAAAAUCCAAUUUGACCUCUGUGGAAUGGUGGUCACGUCUGAUUCAAUUAUCAUUUGCUGAUGUUGGCUAUAAUGAAACGAGUGAUCGACAAAAAUUGGAACAAGCGUCACAACAACUUUAUAAAUAUUUUUCACGCGGAAAUCUGUGGCAUCUAAAUCCAGAUGCUCGUGAAUUAUUAUCGGAGCUACGAAAACAAAAACCCGAGAUAACAUUGGCGGUUGCAUCGAAUUUUGAUGAACGUUUGGAAACAAUACUUCGUGAUCUUGAUAUCAGGCAUUUUUUCAAUUUUAUGUUCGUAUCACGACAAUGUGGUCUGGCUAAACCUGAUCCAGAGUUUUUUCAACAUAUACUCAAAACCGUUGAAGUUGGACCUAAUGAAUAUCUACAUAUUGGCGAUGAUGUUGAAAAUGAUUAUUUUCCUGUCAAAAAAAUCCGAGCAAAUGCAUUGAUUAUGGAUCCAACGAUGGAAGCAUCGGAAAUAACCGGUGUAGAUCCGAAUGAUGUUGUGCCUAAUUUGAAAUAUUUUCAAAAAUUAAUAUUGACCCAACAAGAUGAGAAAAAAUGAUCGAAAAUAACAACAUCCAUCGUCAUCAUGGCUCUAUGUUUCUGAUUUUUUUUUUUUUUUUUUCGAUUCAUUUGUUCUCUUUUUCUUUGUUGUCAUUAUGAUUCUUU